AUGUCGAAUGCUUUCGCCCUUUCUGUCGGUCUCCGGCGGGGCUCCUACUACCAGACCGGCUCAAAUCACGGCUGUCGCUCGGUCCCUGGACUUAUUGCGGCUUGUGUUCCCCUACCACGCGGCACAGGGAGCUUGUGUCAGCUGCAGGUAUUCGAUUCCUUCAGCCGUCCAAAGCUGGCAAUGACAGGCGCAGGCCACAAGGUCGAGAGCCAAGAAUGCUUAGCAUUUCAAUCAAGUCUCCCUGCACCGUGUCCGGGAAGCCCCGUACUGGGUACCCCAUCCCUUGCCCGCGCCAGUACAACCGCAGAUGGUGUGGCGUUUGAGGGUAUUGAUGGUGCAACAGCUAUUUUUGCUAGAAUAUUUCAUCUGCCCUUUUUGCGGCUAGGUGUUGCUUGUGGCUUGGGGCUCAUCUCAGGUACAAACAGCACUAUUGUCUGGCCGUUUGCCGAGAACAGUUCCAAAGCUGUCCGUCUUCGCACGUGUGCCCUACACUACCUUGACGCUUCCAUGCAAACACGUCGUAUCGGUUACAAAAGAGAUACCUCUGGCCAUGGCGGCGUCAGAGGCAGGCCGCCAUAUGUGGCUUUAGUACCAUGGUCCGUACCGAGGCAAAGCCCGGCUGCUAGUCAUCGUGUUGAAAAGCACUCAGCCGUACUGUGCCGCACCAAGCCAGGGAAUCGAGUUGCUAAUAGCAGCUUGUCAGGCGUGCGGGCGGAUGCUUGGAGAGAGGGGGCUGCCCUUCAAGGACUGCAGGUUGCGCACCCAAGACCCAAGGAGAAAAGCCACUCAAGCAGGCGGAUGCAGCUAGCUGACAGUCAAUAUCGAAGCAGCCCGUCAGGCAGUUAA